AUGGAGUACUACAGAGCAGCCCAUAUUGCUCUGCUUAUCGCUGCAUCACACCUUCAGGACCCCAUGGCAUGGGCCGAGCUGGAGAGAUGCCACGCUUGGGGACUCCCCCUCCCCAUUCUGGCAUGGCUUCUGAAAAACCACAGACCAAAGGCAUCAGAACUGCUGCCAACUACUACACUAACCCUCUCCAAAUGGGACAACUAUCGAAAGAAGAGGGGAGCAACAGCACUACUUUCAGCCAGCGCUUCCACUGGAGACACUCCGACAGCUAAUCCCAGAUUUCAAUCACAAAAUCUGGCAGAGGCAUGGUAUAACUACAAUAUGGCAAAUAAUGCAAGGAGACUGCCUCCAACAACUCCAAGAUCUUUGCACAGAAUUCAAGCUACCCAGCACGGCGACUUUCUCUUACAUCCAACUGCAAUCAUGGAUAAAUCUCCAAACGACACAACAAACAGUAAGGACACCUGA